AUGGCCUCAGUGUCAUCCUUGGACAAGGAUCUGCGCAAAUUGCGCCUCGACAAGUACACCCCUGCUGCUGCAAAAGAAGUCAGCAGUUGGAUCGAGGGAAUCUUGGGUGAGAGACUAUCGGCAGGCGACCUGCUAGAGGGACUGAAGGAUGGCGUUGCGCUCUGCAAAUUGGUUAACCUCGCGAUACCACCCCCCGGCGUCAAGUUCAAGAAGUCGUCCAUGCCGUUUGUUCAGAUGGAAAACAUCUCUCACUUUCUGCGCGCCUGCAAAGAGCCCCCUCUCAACCUACAAGACCACGAUGUCUUCCUUACCGUCGACUUAUGGGAGCAAAAAGACCCCGCUCAAGUGCUGCAAUGCCUUGGCGCUUUCAGUCGAGCCGCCAACGCAGCAAACCCAGCCAAGUUUCCGGCGGCGAUUGGGAGCAGGAGCCGUGGAGGAGUGAUGAGUCCUCAGGGAACUGGCCGCGGAACUCCAUCGCCCACGAGGUCGCGCGGAGUUUCCAAUGCAUCAGGCUUCGGCUCGCCUCGGCCUACCCUGACCAGCGCCAAGACCGGAGACUCCGGCUCGGGUCGAUGGAGCCCGACCAAGCCUACCUCCCCGGUUACCAGCUGGAGCAGGAAGGAACACGAAGGCGCCACAUCCCCUGCUUGGAACAUUGCUCAGUACGGCUACAUGGGCGGCGCCAGCCAAGGAAAUCUAGGAAUCUCAUUCGGAAGUCGGAGGCAGAUCACUAGUGCGGGUCCUGACGUGCCUAGUUUGGCCGAGAAGGAGCGCAUCCGAAAGGAGAAAGAAAUCGAGGAGGAGAAUCAGCGACAAGAGGAUGCGGCCAAACGUAAGAAACAAGAGGACGAACGCGAGGCUGAGAAAAAACAAGAAGAAGAAAAACAACGAUUGCUGAAAGUGAAGCGAGCGGAAGCGGACGCGAAAGCGGAGCAGCUCAAAUGGGCCAUGCAGUACGAGGAGUGGCAAACGAAAGACGAGGAUCGCCGCAAGAAAGAUACCGAAGCUCAAGCUCGCUUAGAUGAGGAAUCAAGUCGUCUGAGGAGCAAGAGCGACGCACGACUACGAGGUCAAUUUCUCAGCCAAUACCAGUCUGAGCAAGGCAUCAAAGCACAGAGGACUGGAGUAGAUCGGAUCGCCGAGUUGGAGAGGGAGCUCGAAGAGGCGAGGGAACGCGAAAGGCAAUAUGAACUUGAACGCCAGGGACGGACAGGCAGGACAUUGGCCGUUACCAAUGACCCUAAGGAACGCGUCCGAUCUAGGAGUCGGCCUUCCGACGGAACACCUAGCCGUCAAGAUUCAUGGUCCAGGAAUGAGCGGGAGGUUCUCCAGACUGCGUGGUCGCAGCAACAAGACUCACACCAGGACGACGACCCCCCUGCGCCGCCUCCUAGAUCUCCGAGACCUCUACCCAAUCCGAUGGCGGUUGCUUCGCCUCCUCAAAAGGCUGUAGCGCACACGACGGGUGGUCGGCCCCUUCCGGAUCCUGCUGCUUAUAAAGCGGCUGCCCGGCCCCCACCAAGCCGGACCGACAGACAUCUUAUCGACCACGCCGCUCCGGCGCCACUAGUCGCCAAGCAGACAUACUCACGCGAGCUGGGCGCCACUGCUGAACAAGAUGCUGAGGACCGCCGGCGCGCCCAAAGCCAGAACAAGACCAAGGCUGGUGGUUGGGCAUCAAAGUCGUUGCUCGAGCGGGAAAUGGAAAUGGAACGCGAACGUCAGCGUGAGUGGGAGGAAUCUCAGAAGGAGACGGCCAAGGCGGUCCCCAGUGGCAACGGAGUUGACGGCAUCGGUGGUGGCAUUGGAGGUCGCUGGGACGUGAGCCAGUGGGCGGGAUAUACUGGCGGAGACAACCAGAAUCGGGGUGCCCAAGGCAUCGGGGCUGGUCGCAGACAGAUUGUCGGGCCCAGGCCGCUACCUAAUCCUCCACGGUGA